AUGGGAAAGAAGAAAUCCAAUGCAGCUAAUGCUGCUCAAGUGUUAGAAUCAUCUGUAUCCCCAAUUCUUGAACUCAAUUACAAAGACCCAUUAUUCACCGUCGCCGCACAUCCAACCAAACCAAUUUUAAUCUCAGGUCAAGUCACAGGACAUGUAUAUUGUAAUACCUACAAUGCCGACGAAUUAGAAGAAAAACAACAAGCCAAAAGAGAAUCGAUAUUAGAAUCCGAGAAAGAAGCAUUUGCAAAAGGAAAGAUUUCCCAAAUCAACACAUCUGUAUCCCAACUGAAAAAGAAAUGGUGGACCAUUAUUGAAGACAAUACCGAAAUUCCUGAAGAUUCGUUACUUACGACAAAUUGGAAAACCAAAAGACAUAAAGGAUCCUGUCGUCAUGCUAUAUUUGAGCCAUUGGAGAAUUCAGUAGGUGAGUUUAUAUAUACUGUGGGUACGGAUAAUAUGAUCAAACGAGCACUGACUGAAACUGGGAAAGUUGUGGGCAAACAUACCGUCACCCCAGAUUAUCCGAACCCAAAGGAUUCGAUUACGAAAUUAUGUCAUUCAACUACACAUGCAUUCUUAUUGGCCGGGACUGAAAAUGGACAUGUAUUAAUCUAG